GUCAUCAUUGGAGAUGUCAAUGGUCGCUUCUCGGAACUCUUCGAUAAGCUCAGCAAGCUGCACUCCAAGCAAAACUUUGCCUUUGCAAUCAUUGCUGGGGAACUUCUAGCAGACGCAGACAUUGCCACGGACGAUGACAACGAGGAGCUCAGCAGGCUGCUCAAAGAUACGAUCGAGGUCCCGUUCCCAACAUACUUCGCGCUGGGAAAGCGCCUCCUCCCAGAUCGCGUACAGGAAAAACUCAAGACCAAUCAUGGCGAGCUGUGUCCAAAUCUCAGCAUUCUCGGCCGCAAAUUCUCGGUGAAGACUUCGGAAGGCUUCCGAAUCGCUGCCGUAGGUGGAGCGGACGCGGGCAACUCUGGUGAAUCCUUCGAUAUCUUCGAACCGAGGUACACCGAGAACGACAUCAAGGCUCUCAAGGACUUCAAGGAUGCCGACAUCCUCGUGACGACCGACUGGCCGGCAGAGAUCGCUGAUGGGUCCAGGUCAUCGACAACAUACCCAGCGCAGCCACCACUUGGCGUUCGCAGUAUAGCAGAGCUGUGUUCUACCCUCAAACCACGAUACCACUUCUCCACAUCAGAUGCCUUCUUCGAGCGCGAGCCGUUCUUUCAUGUUGGUGAUGCCCCACGGCCAGUCACCAGAUUCCUCAGCCUCGCGCCGUUCGGCAACACGUCGAAGCAAAAGUGGAUCUAUGCCUUCUCCCUCGAGCCGGCCGCGGCCCCACCACAAGAACUUCCCGCUGGAUGUACUGCGUCUCCGUUCAUGGCCACACGAAAACGAAAGCUGGAAUCACAGGAAGAGAGCUAUAAUGGGUUCAGGUUCGCGAAUGGCAGCGGUCAAGGGGGUGGUAAUGGUGAUUACUACCGUCCCAACGGUAAACGGAACAGGCGCCAGGCGCCGCCUCAGGAAUGCUACUUUUGCCUUUCGAGAGCCGACGCGCAAACUCACAUGAUUGGAUCAAUUGGCGACGAUGUGUACAUGACGGUCGCAAAGGGGCCACUCACGAUGCGAAGCAACUUCCCAGAUCUAGGGAUUCCGUGCCACAUGCUCAUCAUUCCGCUGCAGCACGCACCGACUUUGCAGGCUAUCACUGAGGCAGACGAUGCGAGGAAGAACACUAUUGCAGAAAUGAAGCGGUACCGUGAGGCUCUUCAUACCAUGAUUGCUACGAAGUCUACUCAGGGCGAUGAUGGUGAAGCCAAGCUGGGAGCUAUCACAUGGGAGAUCAGCAGGAACAGCGGCGUCCAUCUACACUGGCAAUUUCUUCCAAUCCCCGCAGACAUGGUGAAGAGAAACCUGAUCGAGGCGGCAUUCGACGUCGAAGCCGAGAACCUGAAGUACCCCAAAUUCGCGAAGACGGAAGCGGAAGCCAAGGAGGCAUUGGAGGGCGACUACUUCAAGGCGAUGAUCUGGACCGAGACGUCCGAGAAGGAGAUUGUGCUUCCACUCGAUCAGAGCUUUCGUUUCGAUCUCCAAUUCGGUAGGAGGGUGCUGGGCAAGCUGCUGCAGCUAGAGAGUCGGACACAUUGGAAGGACUGCGCACAGACGGAGGCGGAGGAGGCGGCGGACGCUGAUCUCUUCAAGGAGAUGUUCAAACAGUACGACUGGAACUUGGAGGAUUGA